CCAUGCCAGGACUUGUGGCCGGACUAGAGGAGAGGAAGUGUGCUGAAGGGGGCUGAGCAGCAGCAACAGCAGCAGAUCAGGAACCGAGCAAAAGACUUCCAUUUUAUCAGAAAAAAAGGCCGAGGAGGUCCAGCUGAGAGUGCAUUCCAGCAGAGCAAAAUGAGCCUCUCAGUGCGCACUAAGCCUACAGUAUGACUGAGCUGAGGGCUCUCUGAUCCGGACUCUUUCUCUCUCUCUCUCUGCAGCUCUUGGUGACAAAGGAGAAAAAAGAAAAGAAGAAGCUUUCAGUUUGAAAAGGAAGUCCCAAGAUUCAGGAUGGAGGAGGGAUACGAACUCGACCUGACAUACAUCACAGAGCGCAUCAUCGCCGUGUCCUUCCCCCGGGGGUGCACGGAGGAGAUCUACUCUCACAACCUGAAGGAUGUCACGCGGAUGCUCAAGUCCAAGCACGCGGAUAAUUACCUGAUUAUCAACCUGUCGGAGAAAAGACAUGAUCUCACUAAAAUGAACCCUAAGACUCUAGAUACGGGCUGGCCGGACAUGCACGCUCCACCUCUGGAUAAGAUCUGUACCAUCUGUAAGGCCAUGGAGAGCUGGCUCAAUGCUGACCCCCUUCAUGUGGUGGUUAUACACUGCAGGGGCGGCAAGGGUCGAAUCGGUGUCGUCAUUUCAUCCUUUGUGCAUUUCACCGACGUGUCAGCCAGUGCUGAUCAGGCGUUGGACCGCUUCGCCAUGAGGAAAUACUACGAUGAUAAGGUCUCAGCUCUGAUGACACCUUCGCAGAAACGGUAUGUUUGGAUCCUCAACAGUCUUCUAAGUGGCUCCAUGAAGAUCAACGCCUCGCCCUUGUUCCUGCACUGCGUCAUCCUUCAUGGCAUCCCAAACUUCGACGCCACUGGAGUAUGUCGUCCGUACAUCAAGGUUUACCAGGGAAUGCAAACAGUGUAUUCAUCUGGAAUCUAUCACAUUGGUCCAGGCCACAGAGACCGAGUAUGCAUCACCCUGGAGCCUGCCCAGCUUCUAAAAGGAGACAUCAUGAUUAAAUGCUAUCACAAGAGUGACGUAACUUCGGAACGUGAAGUUAUUUUCCGGCUGCAGUUCCACACGGGAGCAGUGCAGGGCUACAACCUGAUGUUUGAGAAAGAGGACAUGGAGACUGCCAACAAAGAUCCCAGAUUUGCAGAUUAUGGUAAAGUGGAGCUGGUGUUCUCAGAGGGACCGGAGAAGAUCCCAGGUGCCGACAGGUGGCAAAACGGGGCAGAUGUUAUUGUGGACUACAACACAGCAGAUCCUCUAAUCCGCUGGGACUCCUACCAGAACAUCUGUGAUGGUGAAGCGCCACGCUCUCAAGGUCUAACCCAGGACAAGGCGGCUAACAAGAGGAGCCCCGGCGGAGGAGAGGCGACGCUGGGCAGAGGGGCCCGCACCACCUCCUCCACCUCCAGCCCUGACCACAGCGACCACGCCCUCUCUGUCAGCAGUGACUCGGGCCUGUCUAGCACGUCUCUGUGGGCGGACAGACCCACACCUGUCCCAUCCACCACCGCCACCACCACCACUACCACCACCACCACCGCCACCAUCAGGCCUAACCAGGGCCCCAGCCAGCAGGAAAAGGUCCAGCUGAAGCGUCUUUUAAGUGGCUUCGGUCUUGAGGACCCCUCACUAGGGGAGAUGGGUGAUCAAGUCCCCAGAGUGGUCAUCCAGCAGGUAGUCCCGGCACAAGUGCACAUCAACGGAGACCCCAGACCCCGAGAGAGGGAAACGGACAUCCUGGAUGAUGAGGUCAUCACAGGUCACGACCUGCACAGCGUGGACAGUUUAGGGACCUUGUCGUCUUCCUGCCACAAGAGCAGCCAGAACUCCCUGCUGUCGGACGGCUUCGGGAGUCCCGGAGGAGAGGAGCAGCAGCAGAGCCAAAGCCAGCACCACCUCCACCACCACCCUGCACCUCCACCCAUGGAGGAGUAUGAGAGAGCCUAUGCUGAAGCGAGAAGGGGCUGUGUAAAUUCCAGGAGCAACUCUGUGGCCUCCGCUAAUCCCAGCGGGGCCCCCGUGCCCAAGCAGCACGUCUACAGACAGGGCAGCUACUCCACGCAGUCCUGGGUUCGCCAGCAGCAGAUGGUCGCCGCACAACAGUUCAUCUACAUGCCAGACGAUGGAAACGAUACAGAGAGAUACACAGGGAACAAGCAAGGGAGCGGUUCGACCAAAGCACAGAGCAACGCUGAACCACAGGGCCCCACCAGGGACGACGCUCUGAGGAACACGGCGCCGCACAAGGAACAGGCAACGAUGAACAAUAACAACAACAACACACGCGACGAGGAGUUCAAGUCUCUCACGAUGGACAUCGACAACUCCAUCGACCAGCUCAACCAGCUCAUAAUGGAUCUGGAUCCCACAUUCAUGCCGGUUUCAAGCCACAGCAGCUCCAUCAAGAGGAACGGCGGGACGCACGUGAACGGCUCGGUCUCCAAAUGCCCGAACGGCAUCAAUCUCAGAUUGGGCGAUAAUAACGCAGCGACCCUGAAAAACACACAGCAGACAGCUGUCCAGUCCAGUGAGGGGCGGGUGGGUGUCCUGCGGAGUCUGAGUCGCCAAGGAAGUGAUGUCACGGAUCAUCCAGGCUUCUGUAACUCAGGGUGGGGUGUGACGGAGGAGUACAGAGGACAGCGGACAUACUCCCCCUGUGUGCCACCACAGUCCCAGCACCCACUGUUGUACAGGACUGACAGCGCUGACUACAGGGCCCAGGGCCCAGACAUGGACAGCGGGGUCGAAGCCGGGAGUGACAUGACUCCUCCCACCCCCGCUUUCCCCAUCUCUCCGCCAACACCUUAUGUGAAAAGUAUGUCGGAGUUGAGUCACCUCAGGCAAACACCGUCUCCCAGCAUGCAGUCUUAUGGAGGCUACAGAACAGACCAUGAACCCCGGGGAUAUCCAGAGAUGAUCAGUCAUGUUGGAGUCGACAGUUUACCAGACUCCUCCAUCAACUGCCACAGGACGCUAAGUGCUACACACUCUGCUUCUAUUGUCGGGACCCAUCAGUGGACAGACAGUUCGUCCACGAACCAGUCCUGGCCAGAGCAUCCCGUCCUGAGCCGCCACUCGUCUCUGAGCAGCUACCCCUCCACCAGACAACCACCGCCGCACUCCAUUUCAGUGGAAUACGGCCACCACUCCCCUCCCCUGCACCACCCCCACAUCCACCCCGCCCCAAACGCCCACAGCUCUCCCCGCAGCAGCCAGCGAAGCCGCAUGGCUCGCUACGUUCUCAGCCGCAGUCCGGCUCAAAGCUUUGAAGAGCAGGAUGACUCGGGCCUCGGCUAUGGCACGGACUGUCCCAGCGCCGUCUCUAAUCGGCUUGGAAACGGAGGCAUGGACAGGGAACUUUUGCCCUCCGUGGAUGGGCAGAAUCAGUUGCAGCUGCCCCAGAUGCUGCCCCCACUUCUGCCUGAGAAGAAGAGGGCGUCAGACGGGGAGCAUUCGCUGGGAACGGCGUCUCCAGCCCUCAGCGGGUUCUCGAGUCCCCACAGUGGGAGCUCCCUGAGUAUUCCCUUCCCCAACGUUUUGCCAGACCUCUCGGCUCAGACGCUGAGCACAGCUUCACCUCUGCCAGAUGUACUGGCCAGCAAGCAGGUUACUGUAAAAUUUGUGCAGGACACAUCAAAAUUCUGGUACAAGCCAGAUAUCUCAAGGGAUCAAGCCAUUUCAGUCUUGAAGGACAAGGAGCCCGGUUGCUUCAUCGUGCGGGACAGCCAUUCCUUCAGAGGGGCUUAUGGGCUGGCAAUGAAGGUGGCGACUCCCCCACCCUCAGUUCUCCAACAGACCAAGAAAGGAGGCGAUCUAUCCAAUGAAUUAGUACGCCACUUCUUGAUUGAGUGUACACAGAAAGGAGUGCGGUUGAAGGGUUGCCCCAAUGAGCCCUAUUUUGGAAGCUUAACUGCUCUGGUGUGCCAACAUUCAAUCACCCCCUUGGCCCUGCCCUGCAAACUCAUCAUACCUGACAGAGAUCCUCUUGAAGAUGUUGCGGAGACUACGUCACAAUCAGUCACCAACUCUGCGGCUGAGCUGCUAAAACAGGGUGCAGCCUGUAACGUGUGGUACCUGGGCUCCGUGGAGAUGGAGUCUCUAACAGGCGUCCAGGCGGUGCAGAAAGCCACCAGCAUGUCCCUGAGCUCCAACCCUCCACCGACCUCCACUGUAGUUCACUUCAAGGUGUCCUCCCAGGGAAUCACCCUCACUGACAACCAGAGGAAGUUGUUCUUCAGGAGGCAUUACAAUGUCAAUACGGUCAUAUUUUGCGCAUUGGACCCUCAAGAUAGAAAGUGGAAAAAAGAUGUCUGCCCUUCAGCAAAGAUCUUUGGCUUUGUGGCGAGGAAAACUGGCACUUCCACGGACAACGUGUGUCACCUGUUUGCAGAGCACGACCCCGAGCAGCCGGCGAGCGCCAUCGUCAACUUUGUUUCCAGGGUGAUGAUCGGCUCGCAGAAGAGUAAGUAGGCCUGCUUCGGGACUGAGCUGAUCAACUGGACAGACUUUUACUGAGAGUAGAAACAAGAAAUAAAGACUGAACAGAGGACUGAAGAUGGUGACGUUAACCCUGGAUAUUAACUGGAUAUUACGUACAUAAUGAUCACUUACCAGCACCAGGACAUUUAAUUACAUCUUUCAAUAGAAACAUACACCGAUCUGCCAUAACAUUAAGACCACUGACAGGUGAAGUGCUUCUUGAUUAUCUCGUUAC